AUGGCCCUGACCUAUGAAACAAAUGGUUUAAAGGCAUUAGCCAAGGAACAAGUCAAAGUUUUAAAACUAACAAUAUUAGCUAACGAAACACGUAUAAAGAAAUUAGAAGCAUUGAUUGGAAAACUGUACACUAACAAGACGAAUCAAAAUGGGUCUAAUAUUGCUAGUAAAAGCGAAAAUUCUGUUGUUAUUAUGGAGAAACAAGACAUUGAUUUAAGAAAAUUUUGUGAGGAUCUUGAUACGGCGGCUAAUCGGAGUGUCAAAGAUACUGGAGAAGCAGAUGCGCCGAGAGACGGGAAGACAGUGGAAGACACGAAGCCUGCAACAGAAGCUAUUAAAGGCCUGUCUACGUCGGAAAAUGAACUUUCAGAUGGACAACGAGAAAAUAAUAAGCUUGAUAAAACUAAUGUUUCACUCCAGCAAGGAGAUGCCGAUUUGGAUUCGGGCAAUCUACAAAGCUCACGUACACAGACGGAAGAUGUUGAAAACAGCGAUGAUCGAGAUGAUUGGCACAUUGUCGAUAAAAGCGAGAUACUUGAAGUGCAGUUAACAGAUCCGAUGCAAGAUAUCGCUGAUGACGAGAAAGUAGUAGCUAAAAAGGAUAAAGUAAUAGAAAAGCAUGCUGUCGAACCCGAGAUUCCUAGUGAUACUGAUGAACAAAGAUCUGUUAAAUCUUCGCCUGGACAGAACAAUGAGAAUGAAGAUGAAUGCAACGGUAAAGAUGUGACUUCCGUUAUGGAAAUGAAUCAAGAUAUUCAAUUUUUGGAUGAUACUGCUGCAAGCGAUGCUAAUGUAUCUACUAAUGUAGAAGGAGAUAAUAAUGCAGAAGUAGCGGAAGAUCUAAUGUAUGAGAGGCCAACUCACGAGUUAGCAGAUACUGAGAAAUCCUAUAACAACAGUGGAGAUAGAGGCAUAGAAAAUCUCCAGAAUGAAUAUGAAAUGACGUAUGAAGCAGACCAAGAUAGCACCAAUUCAUGUAGUAUUGAUUCAAGCGAUGACAUAAGUGAUAUCGAUGAAGAGGCAAUUCGUAGAGAAGUGGAGGAACGAAUUCGUCGAGAAGUUGAAAUACGCGUGAGGAAAGAAAUAGAAGAACGGCGUCGAAAACGGAAAUCUGUUAAAAGUAUGGUAGAAUAA